AUGGGGCUGCUAUGGCUACUGCUGGUGGCCCUGCAGAGCCCUGGAGCGAUUUGGAGCAAGGAGCCUGGAGCUCCCCUGCUGUACCCCUACGGGCGGGAGCAGGGUGAUGAGGUGCUGGCCCCUGAGGACGAUGGCUGCUCUGACGCGCUACAGCUGCUGGAACCCUUCACGCUCUUCAGGGUCCCCCACAGGACAGCCUACGUGUGCACCAAUGGAUUGGUGUCCUUUGGGGAGCCAGUGGCCCUGUUCACCCCCGAGGCGUUUCCUCUGGAGACAGGCCAGGCCUUUGUGGCCCCGUUUUGGGCUGAUGCGUCCACGACCAGUGGAGGCCACGUGUGGUACCGACAGAGCCGCCAGCCGGAGCUGCUGCAGCGUGUGGCUGAGGACCUGGCCACUGCCUUCCCUGGUGGCCCUCCCAGCCCUCAUGCGCUGCUCAUGGCCACCUGGGACCAAAUCCCCUUCUAUGGGUCUCUGGGCUCCCAGGUGAACACCUUCCAGCUGGUGCUGGCCAUGGGCAAUGGCACGUCCUGGGCACUGUUUCUCUACGAUGACAUCCAGUGGACCACAGGCGUGGCCAGUGGGGGGAGUCCCCACAACGGCCUGGGGGGCAUCGCUGCGCAGGCGGGCUUCAAUAGCGGCCAGCAGAGGGAAUACUUCACUGUCCCCGGCUCCCGCACAGCCAACAUGCUGCACAUAGUCGACACCAGUAAUGUGGGUGUCCCUGGGUGCUGGGCCUUCCGCACAGACGUCUUUGCCGUUCCCAGUGGCUGUGCCUACCAUGGUGACGUCCGGGUUGAGGUGGAGCUGGGUGGAAAAACCCCGGAGCCAGCAAUCCUGGUGCGACUGCUGGUGUCCGGCCAAGACUUGGUGUGCUGUGUACUGGCCCCACAGGUGAACAGACGCCUGCUCCCUGCACCCUUCUCCAUCCCCGAGGCAGGCCUUGCUGUCCAUGCGUGGGACUCAGCCACUCGCCUGGCCAUGGACACGGGCCUUGAACUGUGGAUCCAAGAUGGGCAUCUGGAACUCACCGUGCCAGAGAUUCAUGCUGCUGUCACCAGGGGCCUGUGUGGGCCUGAGGUCCUGACCCAUCCGGGAACCCCCCAGCUGCAGCCCAGGCCACUGCAAGCCAGCUGGCAGGAGGCAGGGUCCUGCAGCUCCCCAUGGCUGCACUGCCCGGAGCACUUGAGGGCCAGGUAUGCAGGUCCCCAGGCCUGCGGGUGGCUCUCAGACCUCACAGGCCCUUUGGCAGCCUGCGCCUCGGCUAUCCCUGUGGGCCCGUUCGUGGAUAGCUGUGUGGAGGAGCUGUGUGCGACCAACGGCAGCCUGCCUGUCCUCUGUCAGGCACUGGCUGCCUUCGUGCGGGCAUGCCAGGCAGCUGACAUCUCCGUGGGUGCCUGGCGUGGUCCUGGCUUCUGUGACCCAUCCUGUCCUGAAAACAGCCACUGGGAGACAUGUGCUGACAUCUGCAGAGCCAGCUGUCCCCAUGCGGAGGUGGCCUUGGCCUGUGGUGGCCCCUGCCGUGAGGGCUGUGUGUGCGACGCAGGCCACCUGUCCAGCAGUGGCACCUGUGUGACCCCUGCUGCCUGCGGCUGCCCUUGGCAGGGCCACAUCCUGCCCCUGGGGGCACAGGAGCUAAGCCCCAACUGCCGGGAGCUGUGCCAGUGUAGGGAAGCUGGGCAGCCACCACACUGUCACCCCCAGACUUGUGCCCAGGGCACUGUGUGCCUCCUGUGGGCUGGGGCCUGGCACUGCAAAGUCCACAGAGGCAGCAGCUGGGUGUCGGGGGACCCCCACUACCGCACCUUUGAUGGUGCUGCCUUCACGGCGCAGGGAGCCUGCCGCUAUGUGCUGAGCCGUACCUGUCGCACCGUUCCUGAGGUACCAGCCUUUGUGGUCUGGGUGGACAACGAGUAUCUGAGUCCCACGGCCAGCGUGACCGGGACACGGCAGAUAGAGGUGGAUGUCCACGGGGUGAAGGUGGUGAUGGAGGCCCUGACUCCUGGGAGGGUACAGGUGAACGGGACCCUGGCUCACCUGCCCUUGCACCUGGCUGGAGGUCUUGUGCAUGUCUACUUCAGCGGCUCCGGGGCGGUGCUGCAGACCAGUACGGGCCUCCUGGUCUCCUAUGACUGGCGCCACCAUGUGUCUGUUAUGGUGCCAGAGACCUACGCAGGUGCCCUGUGCGGCCUGGGCGGGGACUUCAACGGGGACCCCCUGGAUGACUUCCGCGCCCCUAAUGGCUCCCUCCUGCACGAUGCUGAGGCCUUUGUGUUCAGCUGGAAGGACCCAGCCUCCCCAGCCGGCUGCUGGGUCACAGGCCCCGCACCUCUGUGCCCACACGACACAGGAGGUCGGUAUCAGUCGCUGGCCUUCUGCGGGUUGCUGGCUACCCGGAACGGACCCUUCCAGGCCUGCGAUGAGCCGGCCGAGGCCCAAGUCCACAUGGAGAACUGUGUUCAUGACCUCUGUGCCACUGGGGGCUCGCGGCAGAUCCUGUGUGAGGUGCUGGGAAGCUACGCCCAGCAGUGCCAGCGCCACGGCCUCCCUGUGCAGCCCUGGAGACACCUGGUAGACUGCGAGCUGGCCUGCCCGCCCCACAGUCACUAUGAACUCUGCGGUUCCUCUUGCCCCAGCUCCUGCGCUGAACCUGCACUGCCCGACAGCUGUCCCACGCCAUGCCAGGAGGGUUGCCAGUGUGACCCUGGCUUCAUGCUCAGUGGCACGGACUGUGUGCCCCCCACGCAGUGCGGCUGUUCCUUGGAGGGGCGCUACCACCUGCCCGGAGAGAUCUUCUGGGCAGGGGAGCGCUGUGAGCGGCUCUGCUACUGUGAGGCCUCCACUGGCAUGGUGCGGUGCUCCCCGUACUCCUGUGGGCCCGGGCAGCGCUGCGGGGUCCUCAGGGGUGUGUUUGGGUGCCACGCGCUCUCCCCUGGCACCUGCCAGGUGGCUGGACAUGCACACAUCAUCGCCUUCGAUGGGAGGCCAGUAGCGCUGCCCAGCACCUGUGCCUUGGUCCUCGCGGAGUCCUGCGGCGCCCCCGGCUUGCUGCCUGUCUUCAAGGUGGAGCUGCAGAAGGAGAACAGGUCACACAGCCCCCUCAUGCUCAUCUCAGGGGUCUCCAUCCAGGUGAAUGGGACCCUGGUCCAGCUGCAGAGGGACAGCCCGGGCAUGGCGCAGGUCAACGGCGAGACAACGGCCCUCCCCGCCACGCUCCACGGGGGCAGCCUGGCCCUGCACUGGAACGGCCUCUCCUUCCUGUUGCUCUCCGACUUUGGGUUGUGGCUCAGCACCGACGCCUCCUACAGCCUCACUCUCAGGGUGCCCUUGCCCUACGCGGGACGCACCUGCGGGCUCUGCGGCAGCCUGGGCGGCCCCGGAGAGCCCCUCGGCCAUGCCGGGCAGCCUGGCCAGCCCUGCGGCGCCGCCUGUGCGGCCGCCUGUGUCGCCUGUGAGGACCAGGACCAGGCUGUGUCCGCCAGGAGGCGCUGCUGGCUGCUGCGCGACCCCCAGGGACCCUUCAGCCCCUGCCACGUGCAGGUCGACCCCGGCCCCUACGUCUCCAGCUGCGUCAGGGACCUGUGUCUGGCAGGAGGCAGCGACCGCAUCCUCUGCUCGGCCCUGCAAGCCUAUGCCACCAUCUGCCAGGGUGCCAAUGUCACCCUCGGUGGCUGGCGCAAUGCCUCCUUCUGCGCCGCCCAGUGUCCAAAGCACAGCCGCUACCAGCUCUGUCUAGACCCCAGCCAGGCGCGGCUCUGUGUCCCUGCCCAGCUGCAGGGGCUUGGUGGCCGUCCAGGCUGCGUGGAAGGCUGCGCCUGUGACAACACGCACCUGUGGGCCCGGGCUGAGUGUGUGGCCCCCGAGCAGUGUGGCUGCGUGCACGGCGGCCGCUCCUAUCAGGUAGGAGAACUGGUCUGGCUAAAUCGAUGUACCCGCCGCUGCAGCUGUGACAGACUAGGGCAUUUCCGCUGCAGCCCAGCCCGCUGCCCUGCAGGGGAGACCUGUGGGCUGCGGGCUGGCCGGCUGGGCUGCCAGAGCCCUCUGGCCACCUGCGUGGUCACUGGGGACCCUCACUACUUCACCUUCGAUGGGGCCAUUGCCCACUUCCAAGGCACCUGCUCGUAUCACCUGGCUCACUCCUGUGGCCCGGAGCCUGCCCCCGGGGGCCUGAAUUUCAGCGUGGAGGCUUCCAACAGGAACUUCCGUGGUCACCGAGUGUCCUUCCUGUACCGCGCCGAGGUGAAGCUCAGCGGGCCUGGACUGAAAACCCACGUGGUUCUGGAGCGAGGACGGCAAGUCCAGGUGAUGGGGCCCGUCUAG